GGCGAGGUCCUCGGGUCCCCGUCGAUUCCUUCGUGCGCCUUGGGGACGCCGUCGCUGGGCUCGGCUGCUGGCGAAGGUUUGGGAAGGCCGGCCGACGCUCCGCCCCCGACGGGGCACCCGGUCUCUCUCCAGCACCCUAACCGGGAGGGAGAGAGGGAGGUGUCGCCUGGUCCCGCCCCCGCCGGCUUCCCCGCCCCCGCCUGCCUUCCCUCUUGACGGACCGCGCUGAGCGCAGUCCCUCCGAUGAACACCACGAGCUGCGAGGCGGCGCUGGAGCUGCGUCCGCCGUCGGGCGAGAGCCCGGCCAGCGCGGCGCUCAUGUUCGCGGCCGGUGUGCUGGGCAACGUGACGGCGCUGGGGCUGCUGCUGCGGGCGCGGGCUCGCCGUCGGGCUCGCCGGGAGCGCCUGGCUCCUUUCCACGUGUUGGUGAUGGCGCUGGUGCUGACGGACCUGCUGGGCACGUGUUUGCUGAGCCCGGUGGUGCUGGCAGCCUACGGGCGCCGGCGGACGCUGCGCGGGUUGUCCGAGGGCGGCGGCGUGUGCCUCUACUUCGCCUUCGCCAUGAGCUUCUUCAGCCUGGCCACGAUGGGAUGCCUGGGCGCCAUGGCGCUGGAGCGCAGCCUGGCCAUCGGCGCGCCCUACCUUUACGAGCGCCUCCUGAGCGCCCGCCCCGUCGCGCCGCUCCUGCUGGCCGCCCUGCCGGCCCUCUACGCGCUGGCCGCCGCCUUCUGCUCCCUGCCGCUGCUCGGCUUCGGCCGCUACGUCCAGUACUGCCCGGGCACCUGGUGCUUCAUCCAGAUGCACUUCCCGCGGGCCGGGGGCGCGGCGGAGCUGUCGUCGGGGGGCGCCUUCUCGCUCCUCUACGCGUCGCUGCUGCUGCUGCUCAUCCUGGCCGUGCUGCUCUGCAACCUCAGCGUCAUCGUCAACCUGCUCCGCAUGCAACGGAGGGGCCAAGCCACCCGACGGGCGACCGCAGCUGCAGUCGCCGCCGCUUCGUCCUCCUCCUCUUCCCAGCUCCGCCAGGCGGAGUCCUCCGACGGCCAGGCGCCCAGCCCCAGGUGCGCGGCCAGGAAGCAGCUGUCCAUGUUCGAGGAGCUGGACCAUCUCAUCCUCCUCGCCAUCAUCACCAUCACCUUCGCUGUGUGCUCCCUGCCUUUCACGGUCCGUGCCUUUAUGAACCAUUUUGACCCGGGUGUGGAUUACAAGGAAGACCUUCAGGCAAUGCGGUUCCUGUCCUUCAACUCCAUCAUUGACCCCUGGGUGUUUGCCAUCCUCCGGCCCCCCAUCCUGAGGGUGAUACGCUCUGUCCUCUGCUGCCGGAUGCCCCUAAAACCACUAACUACGGACAGGCAGAGGCCCCCCUUUGCCAAACCAAAGCCCAUCGAGCAGGCUGGCAUUUGCAGGCAGUGAACGGUCUCCUGCUUUUGGAGAAGAAGUUUGAAAGUCCAUCUCUGGACAGUUGCUCAGGGUAAUUCCAGGAGAAUGGACUGGAAUUCUCCAUUCCCAUGUUGGCAUGCCUGCUGGACAUCGAUGUAUGUGCUGUCCCGCAUUUCCCUAGGGCGAUUGUCUGAAAUGACUCCAUCCUAGACCUGUAGAGUUUGAAGGGACUUUUAGGAAUCCUAGUCUACUCCAAUGUUCUGCCAUUGGGGAAUCACAGCUAAAGACUUCCUGGCAUAGGUAGGUAGCCGUGCUGGUCUGCCAUAGUCAAAACAAAAUUUUAAAA